AUGCUAAAUAAAAGCCAAAACUCUAUGCAGAUUUGCUAAUUAUGUAAAAUGACUAGUUAAAAUCCUAUACAGCUAAUCUGUUCUCAUUCACUUUGUUUAAAAUGUGGAUUAAAGAUAUAGAUAUAAGAAAAUACUAGGUAAUUAAUAGAUCAACAAUUAGUCAAAUACAAAAUAAGUUUCGCAUUUAAUGUCCAAAAUGCAAUAAAAUGACACAUACUUAUGAUAUUAAAAAUUUAUUAUUGGAGAGUAACGAAUUAUAUUUGAUAACUGAUUCUAGUGAAAUGGAAAAGGAGGUCUUGAAUGAAGUAAAUAUUUUAGCAAAUAUAAAACAGAGCUAGUUUUCUUUGUAAAAAAAUUAAUAGGAGGCAAUUUUUGGGAGAAGAGAAUCUAAUGCUUAUCAAAUUUAAGAAGUCUUUUCAAAGAACUCAUAAAUGUUAAAUGUAUAAGCUAUAAACAACAAUGCCCAAACUGCUUUUAAUCAUAAUCACUCCAAUAAAAAGAAAGCAAUUAUUACAAAUGAGAAAACAUCCCCAACAAAAUAAUUCUAGAAGCCUGCUUAAUAGAAUCACUAAAAAAAAUAAUCAUACUAGAUGCCUCAUCCAGAAAUUGCUUUAGAAUGUAAUAAAAAAAUUAUUUUACAGGUAAGGCCAAAACUUAAGCAAACACAUCUAAUGUUUAAUAGUAAAAAUUAAAUGAUUUUUUAAAGCCCAAUUCGAAUACUCCUGUUGCUACUCCAACCACUCUCUCUUCCUAAUUAUUAUUCUAAUAAACUGAUAAUAAAAAGUAGAUUGCUUAAGUUUAAGCUGUUUAGCAAUAUAAGCAAAAGUAAAAGACUUAAAAUACAAAUAUAUAUGUUCAGGAACAUCUAUAAAAUGCUAUAAAUUAAAAUCAAUCCGAUAUAGUAUUCCCUCAAUAAAUAAAAAAAAAUAACAACCAAAAUAAUUUAGAGAGUGUCUAUCAUUAACAAGUGUAACAUUAGAUUAGUAUUUUUGACAAGUAUAAUGAGAAUAACAAAUAAAUGUUAUUUGAUGACAAAUAAAAAUGUACAAUAGAGUAUAACAAAGAAAAAGAAAAUCAAUUUUUGAAAGAAAUCUCUAAAGAUUGUUAAAACUCAUCUAAUUAAACUUCAGACAAUUCAAGACACAAGCGAAGUUCUACUGGUUUAAUAUAAGAGGUUGAAGAGAAUGCAUCUGUUUAAAUAAUCUAAUCAUAUUUUUAAAUGGUUCAAAAGAAUGUUUAAAAAUUGGAAAGAGAUGUAAUAAAUGCUGCAAAUGGCAAAUAAAUUGAUCCAUAAAUAGUAUAUUCUAAACUUAAGGUAUUGACAUCUAGAAUUGGAGAUAAUGAUGGUGAAUUAGUCUAAUCUAUUAAAGUGAUGCAGAAAUUACAAUAAGAAAUUUUAGGACUCUCUACUCCAUCUUAACAUAGAAAAACAAGUUCUCAUUAAAAUACUAGUCAUAGAUAUACUAAUUCUAGCAAUUAUGGAAAAAAUAUUGAGAAAAGUGAUUAGAGUAUAGGAGCAAUGCCUUAAGAGUUAAAAAUAUAUAAGAAAUUUUUAUGA